GAUGGCUGCCUGCAGGAGGAGCAGGAAGCUGCUGCACUGAAGAGAAGAAGGAGAGGAGGGGGUGGUGUCUGACACAGUCGCCUUACCUGAGACGCUAGCAGAGAAAUGGACACAUGUUGAGCGAUCGCCAGCUGCAGGAAGGAGGGCAAGAGGCAAGUGGCAGCAGUGUGCAUCCCGCGGACCCCUGGCUGGAGGCAAGCAGCUAGCUGUCCCUCUCAGUAGCUGCGAGGUUAUGCCACGCCUCAGACUUACUGGGUGCCUGCUAAUGAAAGAGAAGGGUUGACAUUUACCCAAAUAUUGCAUGACGGACAAUAGGCCGUAAAACAAGAUGGCAGCUGGAAAUACUGCACCCUCAGGAAGCAUCUUCAAUACAGCGCAGAAGGGUGGUGAGGAUGCUGAGACAGCCUUUUCUGGUACAGAAGAUGAGGAAGAUUUGGACAAGACCUUGUCUGUUGAAAGGUUUGGAGACUUGAUCAGCAAAUCUGUGCUAAGAGACCAGGAGAAGCAUGGCCGCAGCUACAGCGAGAGGGAUUUUGAAUUCCAUCGCCAAACAUCCCACCACAUUCAUCACCCACUCUCUACCCAUCUGCCUCCCACUCACAAGUCCAAGAAGAAGCUUCCCCACGCUGAGAGGAAGAAGAAGAAAAAGAGAAAGCCAAAAAAGACCUCUGUACCUCCCUCCAAUGUCACUCCCACCAUCCAAGAGGUGGAAGAAGAGGAAGAAGAGGAGGAGGAAGCAGAAUCUGGAGAGGAAGUUGUAGAGAAGGAAGCUUCUGCAGAGUCUGAUCUUGAAGUCUAUCCCAAAUGGGAGUCUCACAGCAUACCUAAAACAGUGCUGUCUGAAAGAAACAUUGAGUUCACUAUUGGGACCAAUGAGGAGGAGGAGGAGGAAGAAGAGGAGGCCUGUGGCAGCCCAUGCACUUUGUCAUUUCAUGUGGCAGAGGAAUGCAGUCACCUCUCCGCACUUCCAUGUCUUUCUGAUCUGCUGCCAGAGAAAGGACUGGCAUCUCCCAUGGGCUUCUCAGGGUGCAGGGAUAAUACACCUCGAGGAUGGGAGAAGCACAAACCGUGGAGUCAGGCACCAAGUGGGCAGCGGGCAAACUACGACCUGAAGGAGAGAGUGUGUAUUGGCAGCCUGACCGCCCUGGAAAGUGCCACAUACCAGCGAAUCCCCACAGAUGAGGCUGAGGCUCAAAUGCUGGCUUCUGCUGACCUGGAUGACAUGAAAAGCCACCGUUUUGAAGACAACCCAGGAGUGCGGAGACAUCUGGUUAAGAAAACAUCCCGGAACCAGGCUACCAGAGCCAGUAAAAAGUCUUUGUCUUCACAAUCAGUCAAGAGAAAGAAGAAAAAGAAAAAGCUUGACCGGAAGCCUCAUGAGGUAUUUGUGGAGCUGAAUGAACUAGUGGUGGAUAAGAAUCAGGACAUGCACUGGAAGGAGACCGCUCGCUGGAUCAAAUUUGAGGAAGACGUGGAGGAAGACACAGCACGCUGGGGGAAGCCUCAUGUGGCCUCACUCUCUUUUCGCAGUCUUUUGGAACUUAGAAAAACUAUUGCCCAUGGAACUGUUCUGCUUGACUUGGAGCAAACAACAUUACCAGGCAUUGCUCACCUGGUAGUAGAGACAAUGAUAAUCUCAGACCAGAUCAAGGCUGAAGACAGAGCCAAUGUACUGCGGGCCCUAUUGCUUAAACACAGCCACCCAAAUGAUGAGAAGGAGGGAUUCUUUCCUCGGAACCAGUCGGCCUCGAGCAUGAACUCUGUGAUAGGAAACCACCACCACAACCACAACCACACAGUUGACACUUGCAUGCCAUUGAUGGGCGAAGACUGCAUUGAGAUGACGGAGCCCAUAACUCAUGACCCUGAUUAUAGAGAGAAAAACAUGCACAUUCACAAUUCUGAGGGACACCGUGGCAAAUAUCUCAAGCUGAUGGAGAAAAUUCCCACUGAUGCUGAGGCUACUGUGGUGCUUGUUGGUUGUGUUCAGUUCCUUGAACAGGCAGCAAUGGCUUUUGUCCGUUUAAAUGAGGCCAUUUUUAUGGAGUCAGUUCUGGAGGUUCCAAUUCCUGUCCGUUUCAUCUUUAUCUUGUUGGGGCCAAGCCAGUCCAACGUGGAUUAUCAUGAGAUCGGGCGAUCCAUCUCCACGCUUAUGUCAGACAAGCGUUUCCAUGAAGCUGCUUACAUGGCAGAUGAUCGCCAGGACCUACUCAAUGCCAUCAAUGAGUUCCUUGACUGUAGUAUCGUCAUUCCACCCUCAGAGAUGGAGGGGAAGGGUUUGCUCAAGUCAAUUGCCACCUUCCAGAAGGAGUUACUGCGGAAGAGGAAAGAGCGAAACCUGAAGAAGGCUACCAAAGAAGGUCAAGUGCAGGAAGCCAAAGAGUUGUGUGAGGUUAAAGCUGAGGAGGAAGAGGAGGGUGAGGAGGAGGAGGAUGAUCCUCUGAAACGCACUGGAAUUUUCUUUGGUGGUUUGGUGCGGGACAUAAAGCGCAGGUACCCCAAGUAUCUGAGUGACAUCAGAGAUGCCCUGCACAGCCAGUGCCUUGCAGCCGUGCUGUUCAUCUACUUCGCUGCUCUCUCUCCUGCCAUCACCUUUGGGGGACUGCUAGGUGAGAAGACAGAGGGUCUCAUGGGCGUCUCAGAGUUGAUCAUCUCUACUUCGGUACUGGGCAUGCUCUUUUCUCUGCUGAGUGCUCAGCCUCUCCUUGUCAUUGGCUUCUCAGGGCCCCUGCUGGUCUUUGAGGAGGCUUUUUACAAGUUCUGCCAUAGCCAGGGCAUCGAAUAUCUAACAGGCCGGGUAUGGAUUGGCCUUUGGCUCAUUGUCUUCAUUGUCAUCAUUGUGGCUGCUGAGGGGAGUUUCCUUGUGCGCUACAUCUCCCCCUUCACCCAGGAGAUCUUUGCCUUUCUCAUCUCCCUUAUCUUCAUCUAUGAAACAUUCUACAAGCUCCACAAGAUAUUUACAGAGCACCCCCUACUUAAGUCCUAUCCACCAAAUCAGAGUAGUCUGAAUGCCAGCAUAUUAUCUGCUGAUUCCACAUCCCUCAACACCCAGAUGCAACCAAAUACUGCCCUCUUGUCCCUCAUCCUCAUGUUGGGAACCUUCUUCAUUGCCUUCUUCAUGCGCAAGUUUAAGAACAGUCGUUUCCUGGGAGGAAAGGCGCGGCGAAUCAUUGGUGAUUUUGGGAUUCCUAUCUCCAUCCUUGUUAUGGUUCUGGUAGACUACACCAUCACUGAUACGUAUACACAGAAACUGAAUGUUCCUUCAGUGCUGUCCGUUACAGCCCCAGACAAGCGUGGCUGGUUCAUCCAUCCCUUAGGCAGCAAGCAGACAUUCCCUGUCUGGAUGAUGUUGGCCUCUGCUGUCCCAGCUCUGCUGGUCUUUAUUCUCAUUUUCAUGGAGACACAGAUUACUACUCUGAUUGUCAGCAAAAAGGAACGGAAGCUGCUGAAGGGGUCAGGCUUCCACCUGGAUUUGCUGCUCAUUGGUACAAUGGGAGGGCUCUGUGCCCUUUUUGGGCUUCCGUGGCUUACAGCUGCCACUGUCCGUUCCAUCACCCAUGUCAAUGCGCUCACCGUCAUGAGCAAGGCAAUUGCACCCGGUGAGAAGCCGAAGAUUGAAGAAGUGAAGGAGCAGCGUGUGACAGGAGUGCUCAUUGCUGGCCUUGUAGGCCUGUCCAUAGUCAUGGGGAAUGUGUUGCGUCAGAUCCCACUGGCUGUGCUGUUUGGUAUUUUCCUGUACAUGGGCGUGACAUCGUUGACUGGCAUCCAGCUCUAUGAGCGGCUCCUUCUCAUCUUCAUGCCAUCCAAGCACCACCCUGAUCAUGUCUAUGUGGUCAAGGUGAAGACGUGGAGGAUGAACCUCUUCACGUGCAUCCAGUUAUCCUGCAUAGUGCUGCUGUGGGUGGUGAAAUCUACUAUAGCAUCACUGGCUUUCCCAUUUGUCCUGAUCAUGACAGUCCCUCUGCGCAGAUUCCUGCUACCACGCUUCUUCCACGAACGAGAACUCAAAGCGCUGGAUUCAGAGGAUGCAGAACCAAAUUUUGAUGAAGAUGGUCGAGAUGAAUACAAUGAGCUCCACAUGCCCGUGUAAACAAGCUGGCGUGGGUCCACUAGCCUUGGUCCUCCCCUGCCCUCCUUGUUCAUGCUGUCCCUGAGCAAUGGCAGCCACCUAGAAGUUGCUUUGGACUGGUCAGAGUCUUGAUUGAUCUGCAGCUGCAUCACAGCCCUUCAGGAAAUUCUAUACCUCGAGAGGAACUUUGGCCAAGGAGAGCAAGAGGUGACGCUACCUUCUUCUGGAUAGAAUAUGGGGCCAGCUCCCAGAUUUCUCCUACUGAGACCUUUACGGGUGUUAUCUCUAUAGGCUAGAAUAUGUACCUUAGCCAGCUCUCACUAGCCUCCCUUGUCAGGAGGUGGACAGCCUCCACUGCUCUGCUGAGGGCAAAAACAGCAGCAGGCCAGCUUAGAAAAGGGCAACUAGAAGCAGUACCGAGACUGAUGAAUUCAAGCAGAGCUAGAAGGUGGCUGGGGUAAGAGGGAUUAUCAUACCUUUGCAGAUAUGUUAAGGCUUUGCCAAUCAGUCCCUGAACUAUCCAGUGGUUCAUCUAUUUCACAUUAACCCUAAAUUGAGAUUUCCAGUCUAGGGGACUGAUUUGUUUACAGAAUGGUAGUGGCAAUUGCUGGAAGGAAGCAGCAGUAACAGGCAGGACCAGAGCAUCCUGUACUCUGACCCACUCCGUAAUCAUGGUGCAGGGAUUCAUGCAUUCAUUUGUGCACAAAGGUCUCUGUUCAUGCUCAGCACUGCACCUAUUCUCACUAUCUCUCAGGGCAGCUGCAAAGAUUGCCUAAAGGUACAGAGUGAUUUGGGAAACGUACCUCCAACUCUGGAGAAACUCUGCAACAUAGGCUAGAAACCAAGAACAAGUUCAUAUAAUAAUCUAGUGAAAAUUGUUUGGCCCUUAUUGCUUUCUCAGUUGUCCCCCAGCCUUGCUCAAGGGUGUUAAGGGAUGCAACAAAGCAGCUAAUGCUGGGGCCUCACUGGGAGAGCCAUUGGAGAAUGGAUGCAACCAGGGUUCACAACCAUCUUCAGGCCCAGAGAGAAAAAGAAUCUCCCAAUCAGUGCUCACAAGGCAUACAUAAAUGUGUAUUGGUCUUUGUCUGAUCUACAGAACAGGACUCCUCUACCUGUUGUACCAAGGUCUCUGCUUCAGUCUCCAGCUCCCUGUUUAGUAUCUCUAGCUUCAUGUUGCUCUAGCCACCUUCUUCUUUCAGCUACUGUUCCAAUUUUUAUUUCUGGCUCUUGCAGUUACUACCUUCUUGCUUCCUGAUAGUGGCCCAUGUUGGGGCAAGAGCUACUACUAUAGUCUACCCUCAAGAGAUCCAUGGCUAGCCUUAACAACUGGCAUGGAGGGGGGUGCAAAGUAUAAGUGUUCUAGAUCUGUGGCUAUGAGCUCUGUGCAGCAGCAGCGAGUUCUUCAUUUGCCCUUGAGUCUUCUAGCAGUGGUUGCCAGAUUCUGGAUUUUCAUCUGGUUCAAAAACUCCACUGCUUCUAGAGUACUCAAGCCCCCUGUAUCCUCCACCGUUCCCACCAACUGCUGCCUUUUUGUACUCCUAACCCCUGCCACUUUCCUCUGUUCUUUCAACUUCUGUAUAAACAAAAUCUAAAUACUGUUGUAA